AUGGCCGGUGUUCAAACAGAGGAAUUGGUUUACACUUCCAAAGUGACAAUUCUGAAAGUUGAUUUCAAUAGUCAACUGUACUACAAAGCAUGUCCGAAAUGUCAGAGAAAAGUGACAUUACAAGGAUCUAAUUUUGUGUGCAAUGCUUGCAAUCAAAAUGUGGAGUAUCCUAAAUUGAGGUAUAUGUUAAAAGUCUUGGCAAGUGAUGCAACCGGUAGUGCUUGGUUUGUUAUAUUUGAUCAAGAGGCUGAAAGAAUAAUAGAACACAAACUUUCUUUUGUUCUUGAAGAAUUUAAUAAGGAAGGAUUUAGCAAUGAAAUCGUGUCAUCAAUUAUAAAUAAGAUCACAUGGAAACCUUUUGUGUUCCAAAUCAAGUUGAACAAUUACAAUCUGGAACAAGGUAGUAAUAGAUUUACAGUGACUAGAUGGUUCCACUGUGAUUUCGAGAGGGAAACGAAUUUCAUGCUUUCACAGAUUGGUGGAACCAACAACCAAUACCAACAUGAAACAUCUUCUUCCCAGAUCCCAAUUAGUACACCGGAUGAUUCUAAUCAACAGCAUUUCAAUACACUUCAUAUGAAUCAUUCAUCAGAGGGUUCAACAAAAAUCACAGAAGAAGGGAAUCCUCAUAAAAAGAUUUGCAUGAGAAGUGAUAAUGAAAAACCAAUAAAUGCUGAUUUGCAUGGACAAAUCAAGGAGAAUGUUCAAACAGAAGAAAAUUCAAAACAAGUUCCUGAAGAAUAG